AUGUCUUUCUACGCCCCAGGCUGGGACUACAAUCGGCUCCUGAACGCCACCAGCGCCGACUGGAUGACCCUAACCGACGAACAACACAGCACCAUGAUGACCGGCCUUAAAGAAGCAGGUCUCUUCGACGGGGUAGUAGCCGAAUUCGAGCGGCGGGACAGGGGAAAAGAAGACGCAAUUGAAGCCGCGAAGCCUGAAGAGCAGCGACUCGCUGAGCGGGAAUUAAACGCUCCAUAUAUCGACACGCUGAAGCGCGUGUUUAGAUUCGACACGGACUGGUCUGAGUGGGGUUUUGUGGUCUUUCGUGCUGGGCUUUAUGGCGCCCAGCAUGAGGCGCGCUGGGAGGAGUUUCGUGCGCGGUGGGAUUUGAUCUUCGAGCAGGAAUUCAACGCGCACAGGGGGUAUCAUCCCAAGUCGGAUCGGGCGAUGGAGUUGUUUCGGUUUCGGUGGGUGGAGGACCAGGCUCUUGAUAUGGCUGCGCCGGAGGAGGUUUCGCGACGCUUUGAUAGUAUGUGGCAGGAUCUCCCGCGCGGAUUCACGACGUCUACUUGUCUGAUGGUCACCCCUGAAGUCGUAGACUCUAUUCUCAACUCGCCAUUACCAUCGUCUGCAAAGCAGAGGGAGCGAGUCAGACUUCCAUUUGUGGUUGCUGUGUCGAGAUCUGCUCACGUCCCAUUCCCAGAGGAAGAGGAAGAGGAUGUAUUCGGGGCUGACUUCAAAGGACACUUUCAUGUUGCUGUGGAGUCACUUUUGGGUACCUUCUAUGGGAUUGUUGCGUUGGAUAUCAUCGACCUCCCUAUAUUGGUUGUGGGUAUGACGAAUGAGAGGGAUGUUUGGUGUCAUCCCCAUCGCGGGGGCGUGCGGCAUUAUGAAGAAGGUGAAGUCUAA